GAAAUCGCAAGGCCGUAGGCCGCAACCCCGCCACAUGUAGUAUCGGUACUGUGGCCGUGAGGUGACCUUGAGUUCAUCUCACAGUUUUUACCCUGUCUGGUGUGCCUAGAAAAUCGUACGGCAGCCACAACAACCGUGAGGCCUCCUUACUGUCACUUCACGGUGGUCUUGCGGCCUCCGUGAGAUGGCCGUACGUUGUUCUAAAUAACCUUACGGGCGCCUUGCGGUCUCCUCACGCAUUUUGAUUUCAUGACUUUUACGAUUGCCGUGCGGACCCCGUAACAUUUGUGAACACUGCUUCAGCAGCCCGCAAAGCCGUACGAUUUGUAAAAAUCCCAUCUAUAAACUGCAGACCGCAGAACCGUGCGGCGGCAGCAUCAUAUGUGACCGAGGCAUAAGCAAAAGUAUGAUUUAAGUUAUUAAAAACGGCUCUCAUAGUGAAAAAUAUGUCUUAGUGUUUAAACCCACGGGUCUGUCACUUUAAUCAUAGGUCACUGUAACAGCACAUUUUGAUUUCCAUCCUUUAUAUAAAAUUUUAGGCAUCAUAUUCUGAAAAAAGUAAGAAAAACUACAAGCCAUAAAAAUACACGUUGUGAAAAGUAUACGUUUUGGCCGCCAUUUUGAAUGUUUGCCAUUAACCGAUAUCAAACGUCAAUAUAGGUACAAAAUUCCAUCAUAUUUGUAUUCUACAGACAUAAUGGUCAAAGAAACAAGUCUGCUACAAAAAUGUCACAGUUCGCCCAACCUUACUAAAGUAGUAGCCCGAAAUCGUUUCUACACAUUCCAAAACGACCAAACAGCACAUUCCACGGAGUUUAAUACACCAGCUGUGGUGCACGGUUUGGCAUCGUGGAACCAGAGUUUACGACAUGUCCAGAAAUCCAUUCCUUCGGCAACGACAGCCCUCAGUGGUCCCUGGGAAUGGAAUCUGACAGGAAACUCCCAUGCAUUUGUGCUGUGCAAAGCGACGACUUCAAAACACCCCUCUGCGGCUGGCGCAUGGGAGCAGGUGACGUCACCCGCCAGAAGGUCAAGCAAUCGAAAAAGUUGAAAUCCUGCUCAAACGUCUUCCAGAGACUCAAGGACUCGACUUUCGAGCACCACGGCGAAUCGAGUAAAUAUAUCGAAGAAUACCGACGAAAAUACACCGUGGGCAACGUCUGCAACUACAACGUUUUCAAUCUUCCAAAACUUGGAGUCGAUCUGAUCGAUCCAUAUGCCGAGAAGAUUAAAAGAACACGACCUGUCGCUAACACGUGUCUCUCGAUAGCACUAACUCCAAAGAUUAAGGACAACAGAUCCUGGAAGAGAAAUAAACCCCCUGAAGCAGACGACAAGAGGACUGAACGCGGGAUGGGUGACAUGGGGUCAAACAAAAGUUUACCCAACCUUGCUCAAGCCAAAAAGAGCCUAUCUCCCAAAGAGAAAUCAACCCCAGAGACAAAAGAACCUAAUCCACCAAAGGAUCGACAGCUCAAUUUACAGCUCUCUCGAUCAACAAUGAAAGUGAACACAAUAAGUCCCGAUCCUGUGUCAGAAUCCAUGUUGGAAAACGAAUCAAUAUGGGAGGUGAUCUCCACAGACGGUACAAUCUCCGUCAGAACUUCACGGUCUGAAUAUGGAGCAGUUGACAUAAUGUCAAGCAGCAGCUUACCUAAACUCGUUCCAGUCAGAAAAAGCAACUCUCCCAAAGAGAAAACAUCAUCUGACUCUAAAGAACUGCAUGCACCAAAGGAUCAACAGCUCAAUUUACAGGUAUCUCGAUCAAAAAUUAAAGUGACCGUAGUAAGUCCGGAUCCUGUGUCAGAAUCCAUGUUGGAAAACGAAUCAACAUGGGAGGUGAUCUCCACAGACGAUACAAUCUCCGUCAGAGCUUCACGGUCUGAAGCUGGAUCAGUUGACAUGAUGUCAAGCAGCAGCUUACCUAAACUCGCUCCAGUCAGAAAGAGCAACUCUCCCAAAGAGAAAACAUCCCUUGACUCCAAAGAACUGCAUCCAUCAAAGGAUCGAAAGCUCAAUUUACAGGUAUCUCGAUCAAAAACACAGCCACAAACCAAGUGUAAAGUGUCCAGUCUUGAUCUUCUCUCGGAGACCAAUUUGGCCAGCAUAUCCUCAUGCGAACAGGUGCCAUCCAUGUGUUCGUCAAACCGUCUUUUCAAGCGUUCAUACAGGAUUAGUGAUCUCGACAACGUCAUCUCUACAGACAAUGUCAUCUCCGUCGGAUCUUUGCUGUCUAAAUCAGUGGAAACGGAGAACACUCCAACUUCUAGCGUUCACAAACUGAUUUCAUGUGACACAAAAGCGACAGAGAAACAAGCAGGAAAUGUUACUAACAUGAAGUGUUCAAGUCAAAAUUAUUCCAAGAAGACAACCAAUCCAGAAAACGGAUCGUGUGUUAACAUAAUUUCAAUGACGUUGGGAGAUAUUGCUGGCAGAAGUGAAUCUGAUCCAGAGAGUGUGAAUCAAGAAACGUCAACAUUUUAUAAAGUGAAAAAAACUAUCAAAAAGAGUAAAAGUCUCAUGGACUUUAUCACCCCCAUAGCCAAAAAGGUUAUAUCGCAUAAAUAAUUUGUCACUCUA